AUGGCAUGGUCUCGACACAGGUUCAUGGACAACACGGCCAAGCGGACGCUGAGCCCGUUACUACUGCUAGGCGAGGCCUUUGAGGGCAUGUUGGAGAUGACGCACGUAGGCCCCUUCGAAGAGAGACCGAUCGGUGUUGGUAACGACGACCUCGGUAAGCUCUACGGGACGGCGCACUACUUGUUCGGUUGUAUUGGUUAUAAACUGGCAAACGAGGGCGUCGGCGAGUGGGACGACUCUUACUUCGAAAACAUUACUAUACCGGUGGGCUGGCACCACGCGCACAUGCUGUCGCUACUGCUGGCCGUCAUCGCGCUCCUGGCGAAGCUGAAGGAGAGGUCGAAGUGGGAGGAGGUCCACUGGUUGUCGCUCUGGUUCGGCAUGGCGUUUCGGGUCGUGCUCUAUGGCCCGGAGCACAUGUUCCCCGCGGAAGGCCUCCUCGAAGCUCACCGCAUCCGCGUCGACGUCUUCUCCGACGGCACCGGGAACCGGAUCUGGGCUCGCACCAGCGCACCAUCGCACUUUAUAUGCUUGACGUGGUCGCUUACACAGGUACUCACGCCCUACUUGGACACGGUGACGAUCGCGCGCGCAUGGCUCUUGCCACCGCGGUCCGUCGCGGCGAUCGAGGCGAACGGCCUCGACCUCACGGUGCGCGCGGUCGAGUUCCGCCAGGAGCACCCCUACGAGCACGCGGACGACGGCGGGCGGCCGGGCUUCGUCUUCCGCGAGAAGAUCCGCGAUGAGGCUGGCGUCCGCCGGCCGGAUCGCCAGGACCAGUGGUAG